AUGUCUUGGAUAGGAUGGCUCGACGACCAGAUCCUCCUCGCGCAGAUCACCAAGUUCAGCUGCGGCGGGUACGCCGUCGGCAUUUGCUUCAGCCACCUGGUGUUCGACGGCCAGGGCGCGGCGCAGUUCCUCACGGCCGUCGGCGAGAUGGCGCGGGGCCUCCCGGAGCCGUCGACCAAGCCGAUCUGGUCCCGCGACGCCAUCCCCAACCCGCCCAAGCCGCCGCUCGGCCCGCCGCCGUCCUUCACCGCCUUCAACUUCGUCAAGUCCACCGUCGAGAUCUCGCUGGACAGCAUCAAGCGCGUCAAGGACCAGGUCGCCGCCGAGACGGCCCAGAGGUGCUCCACCUUCGACGUGGUCACCGCCAUGAUCUUCAAGUGCCGGGCCGCGGCCAUCAGGUCCGCGCCCGACGCCGAGGUGCGCCUGGGCUUCGCCGCCGGCACCCGCCACCUGCUUACCAACGCUCUGCCGUCGCCCGACGGCUACUACGGCAACUGCGUGUACCCUGGCGGCCUCGCCAGGACAAGCCAAGAGGUGACCGAGGCGUCGCUGGUGGAGAUCGUGACGGCGAUCCGGGAGGCCAAGGACGCGCUGUCGGCGCGGUUCUUGGACUGGCUGGGCGGCGGCGCCAAGGACAGCCACUACAACGUGUCGCUGGACUACGGCACGCUGGUGGUGACCGACUGGAGCCACGUCGGGUUCAACGACGUCGACUACGGCUUCGGCGAGCCCACCUACGUCUUCACAUUGAACGACGAUGUCAACAUUGUGCCGUCCGUGGUGUACCUCAAGCCGCCCAAGCCGAAGCAGGGCAUCCGGCUGGUGCUCCAGUGCGUCGAGGAGCCGCACGCAGCCGUCUUCACCGAUGAGCUUGAGAAGCUCGCCUAAGAGAGCAUUCUUUACCUUACAGAAGAACAGGUGGGAUUUGG